AUGUGUACUGGGUGUCAUACCACAAAGAAGAUUAAUGAUUUUAUUUGUCCUUAUAAAGAUAACCCGAAUUAUGAACAUGCAACCUGUAAUAGAUGCUGUGAAAGGCACAAGAGUAAAAAGCAAGGAACAGACUUAAAUCCAAUAUCAGUAAAAAAAGCAAAGCUCUUGAGGGUGGAUCUUAACACAGAAAUUGCUGACAAUACUUCAAGCACUUGUGUUGAUAAUGAUUUAGAGAACACAGAGCCAAUUCUUGAACAAGAAGUCUUUAAAGAAGAUAUGACAAACAAUCUACAAAUGAAUAAUGCAAGUGAUACUGAAAAUAUUCACUAUGAUGAUGAUAAGAGUGGAUUUCUAUAUAGCAUUGAUGAAAUAGAAGAGUAUAUUAGAACAAAGUUUCAUGACUUAGAGAAUAAUGAUGAACCUGUAAAAAUUUCGUUCGAAAUUGAGUUAGAUUCACAACUUGUUGAAUAUAGUACUUGUAAUCUCCAAUCAGAAUCACUGGAUUUAGAAGUAAUUAAAAAUAAUUUUCACCUAAUUGCCAAAAUAAUCAUCGUCACAAUCGAGUCUGGAUCUAAUUAUUACUGUGAAAUACAUAAAGUAUAUCAGAAUAAUAGUGAAAAGAAGUUUAAUGGCUCAACAGCUCUUCAUAAGGAUCUUAAACAAAUUGGUAGCAUCAUUGACAAUGUUAAAAACUUAUUCAAACAUCACCAACCAAUCACCAAUACUAUUAUUAACCAAAUUUAUAAUAUUAACCAAAAACAUGACUUUGAUAUACCAAACCCUCCUUCAGACCUUCAAUCAUUACCACAAUGA